AUAGUAACGUGGAAAUAGUGGAGUGUAAGACAGAUGAAGGCCCAGUCUUCUCUCACUGACCUCUAAGAUGCAGGCCCAGCCUUUUUCAUUAUCCGAAGUCAACUAGAAUCUAACCAGUCAGGUGGACCUACUGUGUGAUCCCCAUGGAUAUCAACACCACCUCCUAUGGAGUGCCACCUGGAUUAGAAUAUUUACUUCAGCCAUUUUAGGUUAUGAAACUGCUAACAAAUACAAAAUCCAGGACAAACUGGGGCAGAAAGUUUACUACGCUGUAGAAGAGUCUAAUUUCUUUACACGCUGUUGCUGUGGGGACGCUAGAGCUUUCUCCAUGAGGAUCCUUAAUAACUCAGGUCAUGAAGUCAUAACUCUACAACGACCACUAAGAUGUGAUUCUUGUCUCUGCCCAUGCUGCCUCCAGGAGGUCAGAGAAUAAUUACCAAGAUAGUUUAUUAAGAAUUUUGUCAAGUUAUUGAUAUCUUAAACAGUGACCCAUGAGCAAUAUUUUGGCCUUCACUGAACUAUAUAGGAAGAAACAUAAAUAACUAAGCCUAUGCUCUUAGGUAAUCUUUCCUUUAUGGAUGAGUAACAGCUCAAAUAACAGUUUCCAGUGUUCAGUGGAAAGCCUUUUGGUCAAAUCUCUUGUCAGAAAUGAUCAUGAUAGGAAUGCCCCAAACUAAUUAAGCUACAUGUCUGAGGAUGUCUUGGAAUAUUGUUUUAGAAACAAAAUGUAUUAACAGAAGAGUUAGGAGAAGAAUAUAUGUAUUCAUGUCAUAAUUUAUCUGAUGAUUUGAACACUCCACUAAGGAGCAAGCAGAAAAACAAUGCCCAUAUUUCUUUCCUCUCGUUCAACAUACACAGUAAGUUGUGUUCUCUGUAAUAAAUAUUCCUCAGAUGGAGCUGCCCUCAGCUCAAGUCUAACUGCCUGUUUCAUAUCACUUGGUGGCCUAUUUAUUGCAAAUGUGUCUUUCAGAGCAGGUGUCAGGACAUAGAGACUUUAUAGGGAAGGUAGCCUUUGCCUGGAUUUCACUUGCCUGGGACCAUGUCUGCCUGUGUACCCCAGUCAUUCUGUAAGAUGGAAGUCCAAGCUCCACCUGGUGUGCCAAUCGGUUAUGUUAUUCAAAACUGGCACCCAUGUUGGCCAAAGUUUACAGUUCAAAAUGAGGAGAAACAGGCUGUUCUAAAAAUUAUUGGUCCAAUCUGCACGUGCAACAUUGGAGGAAAUGUAGAUUUUGAGAUCACAUCUCCUGAUGAAGCAUUUGUGGUUGGCAGGAUUUCCAAGCACUGGUCUGGUUUACUGAAAGAGAUACUGACAGAUGUAGACAGUUUUGGGAUCCAAUUCCCUUUAGACCUCGAUGUAAAGAUAAAGGCAGUGAUGCUUGGUGCUUGUUUCCUCAUAGACUUCAUGUUUUUCGAAAGCGGUAGAAGACAGAGACCAAAACUAUGCUUAUGGUACUGAAUCAAUGUAUGUGGCCUCAGAAAACGUGAAGUGGGAACAUUGAUUGAGACUGAGAAAAGCAUGGUCAUGUCUAUCAUUGAAAUCACCUCUCUUGAAUUAAACUAGGAUAUGCAACUCC